CUCUGCUCUGUGUAUUCCACUCACCUACGAUACGGCAGCGCAAACGACUCCUUGAGCACCCAUUGCACAUAGCAUACUUGGCGAGGUCGUGCCACCACGACCAGGACGUGGUCCAGUGACUCCUUGUGGCAGCCACGCUCUUGCAGAUCGUGUGUUGUUCGUCUUUGCGUAAUUCAUUCAGGAGACCUGCAGUGCACUGCUGAGGAUGACGGACCACAAAGCUGAGCAACCGUCGCCCUCGGGUAGCGCUGUGAGCCGUCGGGCUAUACGAACGAAAGGCGACAUCGGCAAGUCGUCCUCACCUUUGCCGUCACCGGGCUCGUGGCAUGUCGAUAGAGGCAGAUCGCGGGUUCGUCGCCCUUCCAAUCCAUUCUCUGAGGACAGUCUGCGCAGACGGGGUUAUCACUCGCUGCUCUCAUCGUUCGGUAAAGUGUUCCAUGUCGAGAAGCGCUGGAAACUCGUGAGGGAGAUGGGCUCCGGAGCCUAUGGUGUCGUCAUUUCAGCAGCAGAUGAUAUUUCUGGAGAAACUGUGGCCAUCAAGCUGGUUACUCGGGUUUUUGAGAAGAUACAACUGGCGAAACGGGCGCUCCGAGAAAUCACUCUACUCCGACAUUUCGCUGGACACGAGAACAUCACUGGUCUCAUCGAUGUAGACGCAAUAUCACCCGAUUUCGAUGAGAUCUACUUAUUCAUGGAGCCUAUGGAAGCCGAUUUACACCAGAUCAUAAAAUCGGGACAGUCUCUUUCCAAUGAGCAUGUCCAAUAUUUUCUUUAUCAAAUUCUACGAGGCAUGCCGUUAUCUUCAACGAAUGGGAUGAAAUUCAUACAUUCCGCGUCAGUUAUUCACCGCGACCUGAAACCUGGGAACUUGCUCGUGAACGCUGACUGUGAACUGAAAAUAUGUGAUUUUGGUUUAAGCAGAGGUUUUGAGUCGAGAGCUGACGAAAAUCCGACACAUUUGACUGAAUAUGUAGCAACUAGAUGGUACAGAGCCCCUGAGAUCAUGCUAGCAUUCAAGCGAUAUAAUACGGCAAUUGAUGUUUGGUCAAUAGGGUGUAUCUUAGCAGAGCUGUUAUUGGGAAAACCCUUAUUUAAGGGCAAGGAUUACGUUGAUCAACUAAACAAGAUUCUUGAUGUUCUUGGAUCACCCAGCGAGUUUGUCGUCAAGAAGGUAGGGAGCGAUAAGGCUCAAGCAUAUGUUCGGUCGUUGCCCGUAAAAAAGACGGUAGCUUUUACAAAAAUCCUACCUUCUGCAGAUCCACAAGCCCUCGAUCUACUUAAGAAAAUACUAUCCUUCGAUCCUGAUGGCCGAGUUUCUGUUGUAGAGGCGCUCGAACACCCGUGGUUAUCCUCGUACCACGACGUCGUCGAUGAACCAGAAUGCGCCAAAACAUUCGACAGGUGGCGGCAAAUAGAGGAUUUGGAAACUAUGGAAGAAUAUAGAGAAGCUAUCUGGAAGGAAAUCGAGGAAUAUCGCCACGAAGUUCGGGGUAUCAGUGACCUUUCUGGUGCGCCCAUACGGAGAGUGAGUGUCAGCGGUGGAUCGGGACCUAGGGCAAAGCAACCUUCAUUAACGAAGGAAGGUAUCGAGCCAGACGUUAUAAUCGAAUCACCCGGAGAGGAAACCCUCGGAGAAGGGGCGGAAGAAGAGCAUGACGACACUCUUGGGCCUCCACCUCCAACCCACAGGCCCGCAACACCGUCUGAUCCGCUUAUAUCCUACGCUCGACGGUCGAGUAUCCUACAACAGCCAUCCCGGCAGGGCUCAACGUACAAUUCGCCUCUUCCGGCUACGCAGAAUCUUACAUCGUCGUUCACUGAUAGUUCGGUUACUUCUGAACCGGGACCUCUGCCUCAGGGCAGCAUUAUGUUCCCUACACAGGGCUAUGUGGUUCCUGCACGUUCGCGGACUGGCUCGACAGUGGGCGGGGAGAUGACACGUAAGCUGUUGCGCACGCUAUCUACUGUGUCAAUACACGAGAGUUUGACGGCUGCUGGGGAGCACGCGCCGAUGGGGAAGUACAUAGUAGAGAAGCCAACAACCGAUGCGCCACCUUCGGAGAUGCCGAAGGAGUUUGGGAUCGAAGAGGAGUACGAAGACGGAGGUGUAGAGAAGCAAAAGGAGGGUAGGUUUAUCAUAGACUGAUGCUUGUGUGAUUUGGUGACGGCUCAAGUAAUGGAUCAUGAUUU